UGAUGUAAUGCCGGUAUUAUCGUGAACUUCCUACCGGUGCAGUUUGUAGCAUUUUAUACAAUGGACAUAACUGAGAACGAGCAUAAUUUAAAUAUUGUCGGGCGGCCGUAUCUCAGUUCUUUAUGAUUAACGACAUUAGGUAGUUUAUUAGGACCAAAACUGAGCGUGUGCUUAUCGGCGGCGGGAAGCGGGAGAGCGGUAUCUGGAGCACAUUUGUGGCAUCCGCGUAGCCCAAGUCUUUUUUUAGUCGCGUUGUUUUACGAGCUUCAGUUUAUGGUCGUAACUCGCCCGGUGCGGAAGUCUGUCUGACUCUUGAAAUGGGGCAUUCUGGAAACAUGACAACGUUCAGAGGGAUAUAUAUUGUAAUUUUUCUUUGUUUUGGCCUGGCUUAUGGAAAGGAAACUGUCAAAGUGGUCACAGUUGCUACAGAGGAUAACCAUGGCUUGCAACGAUUCUUGCACUCGGCUACUGUGUAUGGCAUUGACGUGAAGGUGCUUGGCAAAGGUCAAAAAUGGACAGGAGGAGACAUGAACUAUGCUGGUGGUGGCCAGAAGAUAAAUUUACUUAAAGACUACAUCAAAGGGCUCACAAAGGAAGAGGAUAAAGAGCAAAUCAUUCUCUUCACAGACAGUUAUGACGUCAUGUUCCUGGGGUCCAUAGAAGAGAUUCUCCAGAAAUUUAAAUCAUUUAGAAAUACCAGAGUGCUAUUUUCUGCUGAGCAGUUCUGUUGGCCGGAUGUGAAGCUUGCAACCAUGUAUCCUAAAACAGAGUUUUCCAGCCCAUACCUUAACUCUGGAGGAUUUAUGGGGUACUUGCCAGAAAUUUCUGAGAUAGUUAAUUACAAACCUAUCAAUGACAAAGAUGAUGAUCAGCUGUAUUAUACUAAAAUAUAUUUGGAUAAGACUACAAGAGAAUCUCUAAAAAUCUCACUUGACCAUGACUCAGCCAUUUUCCAAAAUUUAAAUGGAGCUUUAUCGGAUGUUCAGUUGAUUGCCAACUCUACAGAAGAAUGGCCUUACAUUACAAAUGUGGCCACAAAGCAACGCCCUUUGAUAGUUCACGGCAACGGCCCUUCCAAGCUCACCCUUAACCACUUGGGCAACUACUUGGCUAAAUCCUGGUCAGCUACUGAGGGCUGUGCAUUGUGUAGUGCCAAGAAAAUACUACUUAAGGAAGAAGAGUUACCAUUAGUUAUGCUGGCAGUAUUCAUCGAGCAACCUACACCAUUCUUGGAAGAGUUUCUUAAACAAUUAAUUGACAUUAACUACCCAAAAGAAAAACUGCACUUGCUUCUGCGGAACAAUGUAGAGUAUCAUGAGUCAGACGUAGAUGAGUGGUUCCAAACCUACAGCCGAAAGUAUGCUACAGCGAAGCGCAUAAAGCCUGGCGACUUCAUAACAGAAGCAGAAGCUAGGAACACGGCUAAGGAGCGUUGCCUGGGCAGUUCGUGCGACUACCUGUUCUCCAUCGACAGCCUGGCCCGCGUGACCCCGGACACCCUGCGAUACUUGCUAUCUUCCGGCUAUGACGUCAUCGCUCCCAUGCUUAAACGCUAUGAAGGAGCCUGGUCCAAUUUCUGGGGGGCAAUAAACUCGCAAGGUUUCUACGCAAGGUCUGCAGAUUACAUGGACAUCGCAUUUCACGCCAUAAGAGGGAUCUGGAACGUGCCGUUCAUCACCAACUGCUACCUGAUGAAGAUGGCCACCUUCCGUACGGGCGCUGCCAAGACCGUUGACUUCCACAAGGAGGGCGUGGACCCCGACAUGGCUUUCUGCGCAAACCUCAGAGAUCUCGGCGUGUUCAUGCACGUGAGCAACGAGUUGGAGUUCGGGCACCUGGUGAACCCCGAGAGCUUCGACACCUCCCGCACGCACCCCGACGUCUACCAGGUCAUGGACAACAAGCCGGACUGGGAGGCGCGCUACUUGCAUCCAGACUACGCUGCCAAUUUCGAAGAGGGCAAAAAACCCGCGAUGCCCUGUCCCGAUGUAUACUGGUUCCCAAUGAUAUCUAUGCGGUUCUGCAAGGAGUGGAUUGAGGUCAUGGAGGCGUUUGGCCAGUGGAGUGAUGGAUCCAAUAAUGACAAGCGUCUGGAGGGCGGAUACGAGGCGGUGCCGACGCGGGACAUCCACAUGACACAAGUGGGCCUGGACAAGCACUGGUUGCACAUCUUGAAGGAGUACGUGCGGCCGUUGCAGGAAAUGGUCUUCACUGGUUACUACCACAACCCGCCGGUGUCGCUGAUGAAUUUCGUGGUGCGCUACCGGCCCGACGAGCAGCCGUCGCUGCGCCCGCACCACGACUCAUCCACCUACACCAUCAACCUGGCCCUCAACACGCCCAAGCUGGACUACGAGGGCGGCGGCUGCCGGUUCCUGCGCUACAACUGCUCGGUGACCAACACGCGGCCCGGCUGGCUGCUCAUGCACCCGGGGCGGCUCACGCACUUCCACGAGGGCCUGCGCGUCACCGCCGGCACGCGCUACAUCAUGAUCUCCUUCGUCGACCCGUAGGCGCCUGCCACACACACUAUCCUUACUGUCUUCAUCUACAUCCAUAUCAAAACUUCUCUACAAUAUGCUGCAUCUGUUAGUACAUCGUCAUUUUUACUUUACGGUAUUGACAACCGAUAUUUUAUAUUACAUUCUAAUUUAAAACAUUCUAUUCUUCUGAACAAAAGGAAGCAACAAAAAUAUUUGCUAUUAUCGGACUCGUUAUUUGUUUUGUUUCAAAUUUCAAAUGUUUAAAAUGUUGAUAGUCUUAUUUAAUAAUGAAGCCAUAGUUAUAUCUCUUCUGUACAUAGUGUACAAUUGUAGAAAACGUAUUAUAUGAAUGUAGAUAAAGUAAUGUAUGCCACUGUACAUAAUUAGGCAAUAGACACUCGUGUUAUCAUACUAUGUAACUUGCCUUUGGCUCAUUUCAUAAAACAACACGUGUAUGAUGCCUCUCAUUAUGCAGCAGUCAUAUAAAUAACUAUUAAGCCUAUACUUGACGGGUGUAAUGUUACCGACUGAAACCAACAUUAUUCACAGACUACGUACUUAUGUAACUGUAUUUAUAAAAAAAAAACUACCAGGUUCUAUAAUUAUAUAAUCUACUAAGUACAUAGAUACAGGACAACUGACUAAUUUCUUUCUUACAAAUACAAAAGGUCAUAAAACGGAUAAAAGCAAACGAUUUACAGCUAAUUUAAGCUUGCGAUACGUUUACGAAUAAUGCCAUUGCUAAGCAAAGUAAAAUGUACUGUAACCCUUAUAUUUUGGGACUUUUCUCUGUCGAUUUUAUUUACUUAUUAUUCUAAAAGUGAAGCAAACUAUGUUAAUUUAUUUAUUUUCUAAUUACACAGCCGUAUUGCCGUAGCUUCACGCAAUGUCUUCUUAAGUAAAUAGGUGGAAGUAGUGUGUAUUGUUUGGGAGACCUAACUUCCUGUUUUUGACACACAACAUAACCCUAAUAUAUGUGUAUAUUACAUUAUGCGCAUUGUAAUAUACCAUACCCUUUGAAACUAUAAUAUAUAUACAGCAGUGGCGGCUGGUGAAAAUUUCUGCAAGGCAACAUCAAAGUAAAAAGAAAGCUAUCUUACCAUUAGGUACUUUACUAGUAAUCAAUAUUAGGCAAGGCGGUGGGAAUCGGCUUGUAUGGAUUAGCCGCUGCUGAUAUACAGUUCUGUAAAGUUGCUUAAUAGAAAAAGUUUGUGGUUUUUGUAUAAAGUCCGCCUUUUGUAUUACAAGUUUUUCUUUUUGUACAAUAAAGCUAAAAUAAAUAAAUAAUGAUAUAAGGCCAUGCAGAGAACUUAAACACAAUUAAUUGCUUGUGAUAUUUUACAAGUAAAUUGUGAAAAUUUAAAAUUUGAAAAUCUUGGCCUCAUCAGUACAAACUUUUAUAGAGAACUCUCUAAUUGAAAGUUACAUCUCUCAUUAAUAAUUCUCUCUUUUCCCGCAAAUUGUGUCGCUUAACUUCUUCAAACUUGGGCCAUUCUGCUACUAGUGUAAGGUUGAUUAUCUUUCAAAUCAUAAUAUAUAUAUAUAUAUAUAUAUAUUUUAUAUAAUCAACCUUAAAGCAGAAUGGAUUUACCCAAGUUUGAGGUUAAGCUACACAAUUAGAUUUUUUGUAUCUUCAUGUAGUAGAGUAACUUCAUUCCUCUACAAUAAAAAAAUCGAGGUAAGGUGUGAUUUUUGAUAUGAAGUAAAAAUAUUCUAAUUAGUUUUUAAGGUUGAGAUAGAUGCCAAAAGUUAGGUUUAUAAUAAAGGAAUAUGUGUAGCAAGUACGGUUACUAAUGUUACUAUACUUUUAGCUUGUUUGAGUACAAACAAUAGAUCACUAAACUAAAUUGCCAGUUACUGGCCCUCUUCCAAUAACUGACCACCUUAUAGUAAUCAUAAUUCAUUUCAGUACUUGGUGGCCAAUUAGUAAUUUACCCUACACUUUUUUUAAUGACAUCCCUAAUAGUAGUAUUAACAAGCCAAGAUUAAUUGACUUUAUUGUAUCCCGAACAACUUUGGCCCGAUGACAGUAACAACAUUAUAGUUUAAAAAAAAAACGCGCUUAACCCCACCCCACGCUUUUUGACUUUCUUUGAAUUUUUGUUUUUUUAAACUACAUAUAACAUAAAUCUUUACACUAAGAAACAAAAGCGGAUUUUUUUUUAUCCUCCUAGUCAGAACUUCAUAAAGCUAUGAGAUUAUUGUCAUCGGCCCUUGACCCCUGUUCAAAUUUUCAAGUUAAUCAGACUCCUAGACGUAGGUGAAAAAGAAGUUAAAAAAUUCCGUUACCUACAUACAGGUCAAGCUAAUGAAAGCAAGUUAAAAAUGGUACUAAUAGUGUUGUUUAAUGUUAAAAGCUAUGAUGAAAUAUUGCGGUUUUCGGAACGAAUACAAGUGUAAAGUGGGACACCAUGUAAAUUGAUAAAAUCAAGAAUCCAAUUGUCUAAUAUAGAAAACCUUUAUUUUGUAUUUUACAUGAACAUACAAUUUUGUAGCAGUACACUGUUUAUCGGUUUUUAAUUAUAAAAAAUUGUCUGUUAGCUGUUCUUUUCUUGCCUCUCUAGUUUUCAAUAAAUUUAUUAUUGUAUAAAUAUAUAUGUUCAGUACAGAUGUAGUGCGAAAAUAUUUGCCUUCGUAUUGUUACGGCAACGUACGAGCGUGUCAUGCUAUGAUGCUAUUUCAGUCAGUCUCAGUACUAUACCUACAAGUUGUACUGACAUUGACUGAACUAGCAUGACAAAUACGAACGUUUCCGGAAAAAUACGAAGGAAACCCUUUUCGCACUACAUCUGUGGUAUUGACUACUUUAAGCAUGAAUUAAGAGUGGAGCCUUGUUUUGAGUAUGUAGGUAUUUGAAACACUGAUUUAAACUUACUCGAUUUUUACACACAAGUAUUUAAAAUUGCAAACGGGACUGCUGCUCUACUGUUGCUGUCUGCUCCGAGACCAUGGGGACAAUGCUGUCCUUUAAACGUAGGAGGUCAGUGUUAAAAACAUAAUAAUACGCGAUUAAGUCCCGUUUGCAAUUUUAAAUACAUAUACUGAUUUUAUAAUAGCCCGUACGAGUAACUGUUUUAGUUGGGUUCUGUUGGACUCUAUUCUUCUAGAAUGUAUUUCUUAUACCUAUUCUAGAAAGCCAGUGGUACGUAUACUCAUGGUCUUGUAUUGUUAAAUAAGUAAUUAAUAUAUAAUAUACUCGAUAUGAAAAUUAA